AAUUGCUUUCUGCUAAUGCGUUUUCUCCGCUCCCUCCAGGGGCUCGCUUCCUGCUUCGGGAUAUGUGCAAUAAAUCACCUGGAGGAAACGCUGGCCAAGCUGGAGGAUUUCGUGCGGUCCGAUGUCUUCAAGAAAUCCGUGGGGCUGUUCAGUAUCUUCAAGGACCGCAGUGACCACGAAGUGGAGAAGAUCAAGAGCGCCCUAAUCCUGUGCUACGGGUUCGUGGCCGCGCGCGCUCCCAGGGAGCUGCUGCUGUCCCGCGUCGAGGCCGACAUCCUGAGAAAUAUCUCCCAGUACUUCAGCACCAAGGUUCUGGGGAUAAAGGUAGAGACCAAGGUACAGUGUGGGGCGCUCAGUCUGCUCUGCUCUCUGCUCUGUCCUGCUCUCUCUACCUCUGGGCUUGGGGCUCGGGGUUGGGAGCUGGGAAUUUUCCUGAUCCUCAGCCCACGUCAGCAGGCAAAACUCGCUCAAAGGAAUUCUGUCCUGUUGGUUUUUUUUUGUUUGUUUUUGGUCUAAAUUUUGGGUGGUGCUGUGCAGAGCUGGGAGUUGGACGCGGAGAUCCUUAUGGGUCCUUCCCAGCUGGGGGUGUUCUGUGGUUCUACAAAUGCAUUUUGUUAGACCAGGACACGGAAAUCUGACUCCCUUACGUGGUAGGCAGUGACUGCACAGCGCGAGCGAGUUACAGCUGUAGGGACCAUUAUUUUGUUGUAUUAAAGCACUUAAUCUCUUCCUGAACAAUGGAAGUGUAGACAGAAUGGGGCAGUGAGCGCUGCUCGCACCACCUCGGCCCCUCAGCACGGAAAACAGAGGAAAUACGGGGUAUAAAA